UGCUACUACUACUUUGUUAUCACUCCCCCUGGGAAGAUGAAUAAAUCCUGUUGGAGAAGUAAGAUCAGUCCUACAAAGAAUUAUAGAUUGACAUGGUACAAAGAUCUUGGCCUUCACGCCUUUGGAGAGUUUUCAAUGGCAAUGAUCCAAGCCAACAGUGUGAUGGAGGAUCAGUGCCAGAUCGAAUCAGGGCCAUUGACAUUCAACAAUCCAGCAGUUCAAGGCACUUUUAUUGGAGUUUACGGUGGACAUGGAGGUCCAGAGGCUUCAAGGUUCAUCGCAGACAACCUCUUCCCCAAUUUAAAGAAGUUUGCUUCUGAGGGUGGAGAGGUUUCAGAGGAGGUGAUGAGGAACGCAUUUGCAGAGACAGACGAAGAUUUUCUCUCGGCGGUGAAGAAGCUGUUAGUUUGUAAUUGAGUUCUUAGUGGUAUGUUAUUUAGGUUCUUAAGUAAGUUAUAAUGUUGUAUCAAAACGUGUGUGUGUAAUAAGUAGUGACUUUACAUUGGAGAGUUGUGUCUCUUAUUCCAAAAGUCACAAUGCUUAGUCAAGUAAUGUCAAACAUAUAUAAG